UUGAAGGUGUGUGAGCGAACAGCGCGAGCCGCCGGCUGUCGCAUCCGCGAGGACCGCGAAGAGACAUCACGCGCCCUAAUUGAUGGCGAACCUCACCUGCUGCUCGCGAGGCUCCCCGUAGUUCCCACUGUCAACGGCUCCUGGAGACCAGCCCAGCGUCCCUUUCUCUCUCUGCUCGUCUCGGUUCUCCCCCGGUUCUCCCCCAGCUCUAGUCCGAUGCCGGCCGUGCGCGUGCUGGCGCUGCUCUGCGGUGCGUGCGUGGUCUCCGCCAUCCACCGCACCGACCUGUUCCCGCACGGGACCCUGAGCGGGGAUUUAAUUUUGGCCGAGGGGGACGAUGAGACGUCCAGAGUGCUGACCCUCCCUCGGCCCCUCUACUUCUUUGACACCCUCUUCUACAAGCUGUAUGUGGCCACCAAUGGCAUCAUAUCGGCCCACGACCUGCCACUGGAAAAGCAAUACGUCGACGACGGCCUUCCGACGGAUUUCCCCGUCGUGGCCCCGUUCCUGGCCGAUAUAGACACCAGCGGCGGGCAGGGGCAGAUUUUUUACCGGGUGACUGAAACACCCAGUGUUCUAAAUAGAGUGGCACAGGAGGUACAUCGGGGCUUCCCAGAUGCUAAAUUCGCGCCCACGCACGCUGUUGUGGCAACAUGGGAGGAUGUUGCCGCAUACGAAGGACAAAGUCGAGUUGCGGGGCAAUCGAACAAGGUUAACACGUUCCAAGCUGUGAUUGGCUACGAUGAGACCGACUCCUAUGUUCUUUUCCUCUACCCCGAAGGAGGUCUGAACUUCUACGGGACUUCACCCAAGGAGUCCUACAAUGUUCAGAUAGAGCUUCCCGCCAGGGUUGGAUUUAGCAGGGGUGAAGUUUCCUAUUUAUUCUUCUCUAGAACCGAGGGACCUUAUUACAGUGUCACCAGCAAUGAACAGAGCGUGAAAAACCUCGGCCAGGUUGGUAAUACAGGGGUUCCAGGUGUUUGGCUUUUCCACACUGGGAAUCGUUAUUCCUUCGGUAACAUCGUUCCUGCUUCCAUCAGUGGUCUUGUAACCCCAUCUCCUCGAGAACAUAGCCUCUCGCCGGACACCACCACGCCCGAGUACGCCGACCCGGAGGAAUAUCCAGAAAAUAUCUUCGACCCUGAGCCCGGGGAGGAGGAUGACUACUCCCAACCGAGCACUAACCCAGACUUCCAGCCGGCACCUGGUGGUCGUGACCCGCCGUCUCCUUCUGCGGAGGACUCCGGGCGUCCGGUGUUGUAUGGGAACAUAGAUGGGCUGUUGACCUCAGAGUCCAGGUACCGGUCCGAACCGGAGGAGAAUCAUUACGCGGUGCCGAAUCUUCCUCCCACGGUUUUGGAGAGGGGUGCUCAGCAGGAGCAGGAGCCCCAGCGUCCUCAAGAGGUGGUGGAUUUAUACCCCAUUCAUGGAAAUGAACCACCUCUCUCUCCUGGACGCCAUGUCGUCACAGUGGAUGAAGAUGAUGUUGAUUUCGACACGGGAGUGAUUCAGUACACAACUGAGAAUAAGGAAACUUGUGCCAGAUCCCAGCACCAGUGUUCCCAGAAUGCAUUUUGCACGGACUACGCCACAGGGUUUUGCUGUCACUGCGGCCCCGGCUUCUACGGAAACGGCCGCCACUGCCUACCCGAGGGGGCCCCGCAACGCGUCAGCGGGAAGUUCAGCGGGACGGUGUCGGUGGGGUCCACCCCCGUGGAGCUCAGCGACAUCCACCUUCACUCCUACAUCGUGGUGGGAGACGGGAGAGCCUACACCGCCAUCAGCAAGGUGCCGGAAUCAGUGGGCUGGGCCCUCAUGCCACUCGCGCCAAUAGGAGAGCUGUUUGGAUGGCUUUUCGCCCUGGAGCUGCCCAACAGCCAAGCGGGAUUCAAAAUCGCAGGUGCCGAGUUCGUGCGCCGCGCCGAGGUGCAGUUUUACCCCGGCAACCAGCGCCUGUCCAUCACACAGACGGGCCGCGGCCUGGACGAACACAACCACCUCAAUGUGGACACUGUGGUCAGUGGCAACGUGCCGCCUUUGCCGCCUGGAGCUGAAGUCACCAUGGAGCCCUUCAAGGAGACCUACCAGUACUACCCCUCCGUCACAACCUCCAUUUCGGUCAGGGAGUUUUCCGUCGUCUCAAAAGAACGAGGCACGGAGUCCUACUCUUUCCAUCUCAAGCAGAACAUCACCUACCGCGACUGUCGGCACGACAACAGAGGCGCCAAGCCGGAGACGUUGCAGAUCAUCAUGGAGAGGGUGUUUGCGAUGUACAUCACCGAGGAGCGGAUGCUGACGUACGCCCUCACCAACAAGAUCAGUCCACUCGGAGUUGAGCCAUCUGAGCCGGAGGAGGUCAACCCGUGCUACACUGGGAACCAUGACUGUGACACCACUGCAAAGUGUAUCCCUCUGGAGGGGCAGGCCUUUCGAUGUCAGUGUGCCACUGGUUACGAAGGAGAUGGACACAACUGUUACGACGUGGAUGAGUGCGCUGAGGGUCGGAGCACAUGCGGGGAUCAUUCUCAGUGCGUGAACCUCCCUGGCAGCCACCGCUGCCUCUGCCAAAGAGGCUUUGAGUUUGCCUACGAUGGGCGCACGUGUGUCGAUAUAGAUGAGUGCACCUCCUCCCCAUGUAACAUCAAUGCCAGAUGUCUCAAUGAACAGGGAUCCUUCCAGUGUCAGUGCCAGCCUGGCUUUUAUGGAGAUGGCUUCUACUGUACCCAGCAGGAUGAACACACAAUUCGUCCGAAGAGCCAGUGUGAGAGGCAUAGGGACAUUUUACAGAGCGGAGAAGUUCAAGGACGUCCGAAUCUGGGAGCCUUCAUCCCACAAUGCGACUCCAGUGGACAUUAUCGACCACUGCAGUGUCAUGGCUCCACUGGACAUUGUUGGUGUGUGGACAGUGAUGGGCAGGAGAGAGUGGGAACCAGGACUCCACCCGGCACUCCACCCAAAGACUGUGACAUAGCCGAUGAGCCGGAACGUCCUAGGACUCAGUGUGAGCACCACAGAGACAGCAUCCAAACCAGUACAGAUACACUUUCUCUGGGCGCCUAUGUCCCCCAGUGCGACUCAGAGGGAAAAUACAUGCCACUCCAGUGCCAUGGCUCCUCUGGACACUGUUGGUGCGUGGACAGCAGAGGACAAGAAAGACCAGGAACCAGGACAUCGCCUGGGGCGCUGCCCAAAGACUGCGACAACCCAGAUGAACCACAGCGUCCUAAAACCAACUGUGAGCACCACAGAGACAGCGUACAGGCCUCUGGUCAAUCUCUUGGAGCCUACGAACCACAGUGUGACGAGAACGGACAGUACCUACAACGGCAGUGCCACAGCUCCUCUGGAUACUGUUGGUGCGUGGACAGCAGUGGGCAGGAAAAACUAGGAACCAGAACUGCAGCUGGUACUCCGUCUGUGGACUGUGAGAGAGCGUAUGAACCGCAGCCUCCGAAGACCCACUGUGAGCACCACAGAGACAGCGCCCAGGCCUCCGGUGCUUCACCUGGAGCCUAUGUACCACAGUGUGACGAGAACGGACAGUACCUACAACGGCAGUGCCACGGCUCCACCGGACAUUGUUGGUGUGUGGACACGAGUGGACAGGAGAGACCAGGAACCAGGACUGCACCUGGCACACCAUCCAUAGACUGCUACAGAGAAGAUGAACCGCAGCGUCCGAAGACCCACUCCUACGAACCACAGUGUGAUGAGAACGGACAGUACCUACAACGGCAGUGCCAUGGAUCUACUGGUCACUGUUGGUGUGUGGACAGCAGUGGGCAAGAAAGACCAGGAACCAGAAGCACACCUGGAACACCACGUAGAGACUGUGACAAACCAGAUGAACCCGUGGCGGCGAAAACUCUCUGUGAACACCACAGAGAAAGAGCACAGGCCACCAGUUCAGAGGGAUAUCCUGGAGCCGGAGCGUACGUGCCCCAAUGUGACGCCGAUGGACAGUACAUACCACAACAGUGCCACGGCUCCACUGGACAUUGUUGGUGUGUUGAUGAGAAUGGACAGGAGAGGGCAGAAACCAGGACUCCACCUGGUACUCAACCUAAAGACUGUAACCAAUCAGACCAAGGCACUCGCCCAGAGAGUGUGUGUGAACGGUGGAGGGCCAGUUUGAUGGAACACUACGGUGGAUCACCAGACCCACAGCAGUACUUGCCACAGUGCGAGUCAGAUGGACACUUUAGGCCAGUCCAGUGUUACGGUGAGACCACUUACUGUUGGUGUGUGGACCAAGAUGGACGGGAGAUUUCGGGCACCCGAUCAUAUGACGCAGUAAAGCCUGCAUGCCUGCCAACAAUGGCCCCGCCAAUUGUGCGGCCACUGCCCCGCCCGGAUGUGACCCCUCCGACAAACACUGAUGUGACCCUGCUGUACGCUCAGGGACAGAAAAUAGGAGCGCUGCCCAUCAACGGGACCAGACUGGAUGAAACCCGGUCCAAAACGCUAUUGACCCUACACGGUUCCAUAGUUGUUGGUAUAGCCCAUGACUGCAAAGAAAAUAAAGUCUACUGGACAGAUUUAUCCGAAAGAACCAUUAACAGGGCUUCUAUGGCUUCCGGAGCCGAGCCUGAGGUACUCAUCAACAGAAAUCUCGUCAGUCCGGAGGGUUUAGCGUUGGACGUCAACCGUAGGUUGAUGUUCUGGGUGGACUCGAUGCCUGAUGUGAUUGAAAGCGCCAACUUGGACGGCAGCGGCAGACGGACCCUCUUUGACAGAGACCUGGUCAACCCCCGGGCCAUCAUAGUGGUUUCCUCCACCGGAACUCUGUACUGGACAGACUGGAACAGGGAGGCGCCGAAGAUCGAGUGCUCAUCCGUGGACGGUCAGAACCGCAGAGUGGUGGUGUCGGACGGGGUCGGCUUGCCAAACGCGCUAACAUACGACUCCAGCACCCAACAAAUCUGCUGGGCCGAUGCAGGUACAAAGCGUUUAGAGUGCAUAUCCCCGGACGGUUCGGGCCGAAGAGUGAUCCACUCCAGCCUCAACUACCCCUUCAGCAUGGUCUACUACCGGGACCACUUCUAUUACACCGACUGGAGGAGGGACGGCGUAAUUGCCUUGAGCAAAACCAGCAGCAAGUUCACCGAUGAAUACCUCCCUGACCAGCGCUCUCAUCUGUAUGGCAUCGCCAUAGCAACCGCCCACUGUUUACCAGGGAGCCACUAA